UUAAGCUAUCUUCAUAGAUCUUGUAUAAAAAUGGCGGAAGCUGACUGUAAAGACAAUAAGACUCCAAAGAGAUACGGAUCAGUUAUAAAACUGAAGCCAGGAAUGUAUGAACGGUAUAAAGAGCUGCAUGCUGCAGUCUGGCCUAAGGUUCUUGAAAGGAUUUACAAGAGCAAUAUAAGAAACUACGCCAUAUACCAUGACAAAAAUACUCAAGUCUUGUUUUCCCAUUUUGAAUACAUUGGUGAUAACUUUGAAGCUGAUAUGGCAGCCAUUGCAGCAGAUCCCAUUACUAUAGACUGGUGGAAGGAGUGCGAGCCUUGCCAGGAGUCGUUUGAUUGGACAGGACCUCCCCCAUCAGAGGGAGGGAAGGGAGGCAACUGGUGGGUGCCAUGUGAAGAAAUGUUCCAUGAUGGGCACAGCCCUACUAAAUAUUCUUAACUAAAGUUUAUAACAUGAUGCACAAUAA